UCCCUGCUUCUUUCCCAGAGCGCCCCUGUUUUCUUGUUUGGCUAAAGAUGGCGUUAGCGGCUAACACAGGCGAUUGCAUUUUGUGUCACACAAACUAUUUGGACAGUUGCGGCACAGCAGCUAGUAAUCAUAGCUUUGCCUCGUCACUCGGUGUGUGAAAAUAUGUUACAUUGGACAGACACGCGUCAGGGUGCCCGGAAAACGAUUGGCUGGCCUUCGACACGACAUAGGCCUGUUUUGCGGGAAGCGGAGGGAAAGCGAUCGGAACUCUAUUUCCCAUCAGCAACCGCAGCAUCAGGUGGUACAAGUUUUUUUUCCUCUACCGCAAUAUGUAGUUUUCCAGCCAUGUGAGCGUCUUUUAUUUGGUUUUUUGUUUUUUAAAAGAAUCUAUGACCUCAGUCGAAGCAUCAAUGGACCUAAAAAUGUAAUGAAAUGCUCUUAAAAGCCUCCAAACGGUGGUAUGUGUUGUAUAAAUGAAAUCUUAAACAAAAGUGACGCACAAAAUUAAGCCGAGAGGCUACCUGUAAAAAGAACCAUGACUGCUUUACCUAUGCAAUGUGGCCGAAAGGCUUCUCGAGCACCUUCCAGCAGGGAAGGUUCUCUGUCAGCGCCAGAGUCCUCCUUGACCUGGUGCUUGACCCACCUGAGCAAGCCCCCACCUGACUUUCAAAGUGAACUGGAAAAAAGGUUCAGAUUCUCCCAGUGGCGAGCUUUGGUGGCCAUCCGAACACAGCACAUAAAGGGGGACAAGGCCGGCAUCACCCGCUUUCGGGCUCAGGGGGGACUGCGGCCCUUGCUGGACCUACUCGGCCAACCGGGGUGCUCCAGGAAGACUUUGGACCUGACCCUCAGCAUCCUGGCCAACUGCUGCACUGAGCUGGAGACGCGCAUUGAGGUUCGCAAGCUUGACGGAAUAAAUAUUAUUGUGGACGUGAUGAAGAAGAACGUGGCCCAGGAAACCAUCCAGAACCGAGCCGCACGGGCUUUGGGGAACCUGGCCAUGGAUUCUGAGAGUUCGGCGCUCAUUCACUCAGCCAGUGGCGUUCCUCUCCUCCUCAUGUGCUUGUCUUUGUCAUCCGCCCCGUCGUCGCCCACCGCUGCGCCGCCCAAAGAGGCCUGCCCCAAACUGGAGUGCGCCCAGUCGGCCUCGCGGGCGCUCCUCUACCUCUCGGACACGCCCGCCAACCGCCUGUCUCUGCUCACUCAGGGCGCCCUCUCGGCCCUUGCCCCUCUCAUCGCUCCGGAGUACCCUCAAAACCUGCGGCGAGCGGCCCUCAGGACUCUCCACGAGCUCACCCGAGGCUGCGGCCCCGAAUGUGCCAAGGAGGUGUCCCGCUCGGGGGUCUUGGCGCAGCUGGGCGUCAUUGUGUCCGGAGAGGCCGAGAAGCCCUUGGAGGAGCUGGCUCUGAAGACUUUGGCCAACUUGUGCUCCCAAGGAUGCCUUCGUCCCUUGGUGGGCUCCCUGGGGGUAAUCCCCAAGUUCACAGCGGAGGCAAAGAAGGACCCCCUCAAGUCGGGGGUCUUCCUUAAGGCGCUGUGCCUCUGCUGCAAGGAGGCGGUCAAUCGCGUCAAGGUGAAAGAGAGCGGCGGGCUGGAAGCGCUGGUGGGCUUUCUGGCAGCGCACCCGGGUCACCCCCUAGCCCGGCUCGCCAUUCUGGCCUGUGUGGACUUUGUCUUCGACGAGUCGGCCGUGGAGCAGCUGCAGGAGUUGGGGCUGGUCCCCCUGCUGGUGGCCCGGCUGGAGGAGCUCAACACGGGUGAGCAGACGGACUCAGCCGGCACCUCGGCGGGUUCGUCUCAUGGCGAGCUCCUGUCGUCGUCGUGUUUGGACUCAUUCGACUUUGCGCCUUUCGAGGACUGCAAGAAGGAGGAGGUCAACAGGGAACAAGGCUCCUCAAGCUUUUUGAGUCUCAGGUCGUGGCUGCUGUCCGAGGGUAUGAUCUCCUCCGAAGAAGACUUGCUGGAUUCCUCGAGCAGCGCAGAUGGCGACUGGGCGGCAUCACCCCCUCAAAGCUCACCGAACCCCGAAAGCCCCGCCCCGCUUAAAACCUGCUCCUCUUUCAACGCCGCUACCUCAAAGAACGAUGCUCCCAACUCCUCGUCGACGCCGAUGAAAGCCGGUGAUCCGCCCCCCCGGACCCCCCCUGUUGUCUCGCCCUCCUCAAAAGCCGCUCACCCAGCCUCCCCUCCCAAGUUCUCUUCACCCCACAGAAGGCGGCAGCGGGCGUACUUGACACUUUCCCCCACGGCGAAGCUCGCCGUCGACACGCCGCCAUCGGUGCCUCGGCGCUUCGCUUACCAGCACCCGUACCACCCCGAACCCUGGACACCCGAAUCGCCCGUGCUUCUGCUGCUGUCUCGUUUCUCCCACGGCGCCGACCCCAGCCCCGCCCUGGUCACCUCUGGCGCCGUGCGGGGCCUGCUGCGAUACCUCGGUCAGCACCGGGACCGCAGCAGUCGCUGCUUCCGCCUGCUGUGUCGCCUCACCUGCAACCCCAGCUGCCUCCAGGCGCUCCUCCGCACCGGAGCGGUGGCGCUCAUCCACCACCACCUCUGCCAGAGGGACGGCGUGAAAGCCAAGGUUAAACAGCUCGGCGGGACUCUCCUCAACAAUCUGCACAUCCAAUGCGAGUCGGCGUUUGGCGCGGGGGUUCUCUCACACGUCAUGCUAUCGGGCUCCGAGUCAGACCGAGUCAACUGCGCGCUGUCUCUGCCUUUAAUUAGCAGCAACAAGCCCCUGUUGCGGAGACUCCUCCUGGACUCCGGCAGCCUUCUCUUGGCCCUGCAGCCUCUCAGUUGCUGCGACGAUAUGGACACCCACACCGCCGAUUGUAGACGUCUGCUUUCCACCUGGCCGGACGCCUCACUCCACUCGCUCUACUCCUCCCUCCUGAUUGGCUGCCUGUCUUCCCUGGUGUCCAGUGUCCAACUGCUCCCUGAUGCCGGACGCUUGAUGAAACUCCGUCAAAGUGAAUCAGCGGCACCCCCUCCCUCUAAGAAGCCCCGUCACGUUCGCGUCUGCCCGUACAUCACUUCCAACUUUGACCUCCUGCUGAUUCUGGAUGACGGGGCCGAGGUCCCGGCCAACAGGGAGGCCGUGGCCGGGUCUGGUUCUGAGUACUUCAGGGCUCUGCUGAAAGGCGGUUUCGGCGAAGCCAAAUCCAGACAAGCCAUCCGCAUUAAAGACGUGACCGAAGGCAUGCUGGUACCGGUGCUGCACCACCUGCACGGGUGCCGGACGGCGGCAUCGAGCCAGGCGGACGAGUGCCAGUUUUUGGACUCGUUGAUACUCGAGGGGCUUGCUCGCUGCCAGUCGGAGGAUUUGUCCUUCCAGAAAUCUCCAUUAGGUGAGACCUUGAUGGGAGCGUGUCGAUUCAUGGCCACGGAGCUUCAAAGAGAAAUGGAGGAGCUCUGUGUGGUUUGUCUUCUGUUGACCAUGGUCGAAGAUCAUGCGGCAGGAGGAGAACAGGACAGCACUGAGGAGCACCUGGCCAGCAGGACGUCGGAGAUGGACCUGACUUGCGUUCAACUGCAAAUCGAGACUCUUUUAGAAAAGAGCAUGAAGACAACGACUUUCUUGAACAAAAAAGAGAGCAAAAACAUCCCAGCAAGGAAAGUUGAGGCUAUUUGUCAAAUUCAAAGUUUGAAAACCUGCUCAGAAAAAGAGAAGUCAGAGUUGGAAAGCUCAGCUCGGAAAGCAGAACUUACGGACUCCCUUCAACCGACGGGGAAAGAACCAGGAAGGGGUACGCGAGGGGUCCCGUCUGCACUUUUGCCGCAGGUGUACUGCUUGGCGCAGCGCUACAAUUACCCGGCGCUGCGUCGAGCCUGCCUGGCGUUGCUGCUGGGCUGUCGGGACGUGGGUCGGCAGCCACGCUUCUCAGCAGACGAGGCUGCCGACUGCCUGCGAGAGACCGCCAGGCAGGCCGACUGCGUUGACACGCUCAAGCAGGAUCUUCGCGGUCUGGCUGCAGACGCGCUAAGCUGAGAACCCAAGAAAGAUUGUAUGCGUGUUUUUGUUUUCUUUUGGAGGGGACUGCAUUCUUUUUUUCUUCCAUUUUCUUCUGCCACCUCAUCAAGUAUCACUGAAGAUUCUUUGGCAUAUUGUGUGAAGUUUGGAAAUCUGUAAGGAUUUUAAUGCUACCUCUUCACUCAACCUUGGACAUAAUUUUGUGAGACAUUAAUAAUUUCAUACGUCAUACUUCAGGACAGAUUUUCUUUCAUCAAAGGAUAAUUGUAAAUUUAUAUUAUUUAGGAUUAGUUAUACCUUAAACUAUGAGUAAUGGGCAGUUAAAAUUGUAAGUAAAUUUUAUGGGGACACCUUGAUGAAUUCAAGGCUGUCUCAUAAUUGGCGAUGACAUACAGUACUUCCGUUUGUUUUGGGAUUUUCUUUUAAUGAGGUAAAGGUCUGUCUCUGUUGCUUUUGUUUCAACUUGUUUUGCUGGAAGUACGACGACAAUCAACCUCAUGUCUUCUUUAUUUUGUACAUAGUGAUCAUACGGAGAUGGUGUAGAUUUCACCUGCACGGUAUCAACUCCGUGCCACUGAAAUAUAAAGAUUUACGACACUUGC